AUAAAUCAACCAACGAAAGAACGAUACUUGCAUACGAACAUAUCGAAGCAGAAGUAGAAACCUGACUCGAUAUUAGAAAAAGGUAAUUUUAUAGCAUUUUAUUCUUUAAAGUCGAAAAAGAAAAUACAUCAUGUGCAACGGAACGCAAACCGAGAUGUCCUGUGGACACGUCCUAACGCACUACAAGCAAUACUGCGACGAGGGACGCCGGAAACCGUGUCCGCAGCCUGAGCUCAGUGUACCGCGCGCUUACCUCGAGGACUCCUGCGCCGAGUGCGACCCCAUCUACACGUCGAACCUGGUCCGCCGCGAGCAUCGGGACCGGUACACGGAGCUCAUGGACCAGGUGUACGCGCAUAAGCGCGCAGGACACAUGGAGGAGGUGAAGCGGCUGUUGGAGCGUAUGGAGGUGGUGCAGCGCGCGGCGAACAUCGCGAUGGGUGAGAUGCGGUAUUUGUGCUCGUCUUCUGCUGAUGUCGAGUACCCCGGUGGUGGACCCGAUGCCAUAAUGCCUAGGGGCACGAGUAGGUGGGUUGAUGGCAAGUGUGUCUGGGAAGAGGACGUACCGUAUUCCGUUCCGGGAAGUCAGCGGCAUAAAAGAGCUGCUCCAAAGCAGACGCAGGUGGAGCAACAAGAGCUGCCGCGGAUCUCGGGCCCGCCGCGAUUGCGUUCGACGAAGAAGGAGUACGUUGAUCCCUUCAAAGCGGAAACAGACUUCCAGCUGCAACAGGAACAGCAACCCAAGGUGAGCCGACCGCCACGUCUACGGACUAACAAGAAAUACGCCGGCCCCCGCGGUGAUAACGUAGUAGUCUUCAACGGAGAAGAAGGCGAGCGCCAAGCCCCGUCAGUGCAACCCCGUCUCCGGCGAUCGAAGACGUAUAUCAAUAAGCUUGAUCAUGCUAGCUCUACUAGUCAAGGAUCCGAGGAGUCCUUGGAUAGCGAUAAAACGGUACGUCCUAUUGUACGUAGCUCGCAUACUAAAUAUGCUGCGCCAAGAAUUGACGGUGAGGAAGAAGAAGACAUUUGGCUACAAUUAGCCGAGAAAUGCGUGGUAAAAUGAGAUGGCCUUCGUAGAUUAAUAAGAUACUGUGCGCAUAGCAUCGUACAUCGGAUAGAUAGAAUACAUACUAACAAUC